AUGUUUCGAAUCCUUGAAUCCCAAGCCCCGGCACGUCAAACGGCCACGGAUACAAUCAAUACGCUGAGCAGCCGAUUACAAAGUGCCACUUUAUUAGAAGACCGUAGAGCUGCAAUUCUCGGCCUACGAAGUUUUGCCAAAGAAUAUCCUGCGUCAGUGGCCUCUGGCGCCCUAAGAGCCCUCAUCACCUCUCUUCGAAACGAUGCAGAAGACGUUGAUACCACAAAGGUGGUCCUUGAGACCUUGUUGAUGCUGUUUGCUCCGGAAGAGAGUAGUCCGGAGGCAUCCGACGAGCUCGCAUUGUGGCUCGCCGACGAAUUCACGCAGCGACAAGACAAUAUAACCGUACUUCUUGAUCUCUUAGACUCUAGAGACUUUUACUCUAGGCUUUACUCUCUUCAGUUAAUUUCCCAGAUCUCUGCUGCCCGGCCGGAGCGUACCCAAGAAUGUAUCUUCACAGCUCCACUGGGUAUAUCAAGACUUGUCAGCGUCCUCGAAGAUGCACGGGAGCCUAUACGCAACGAAGCGUUACUCCUCCUAAUAGCGUUGACCCCGUCUUCUGCCGAACUACAAAAAGUAGUCGCUUUUGAAAAUGCCUUUGACCGAAUAUUUUCGCUUAUCGAAAGCGAUGGCUCGCUGACCCACGGUACGGCCGUUGUCGAGGACUGCCUUUCUCUUCUAGGAAACCUGCUGGGCCUUAAUCUCUCGAAUCAAUCUUAUUUUCGCGAGACUGGAUGCAUCAAAAGGUUGGUGUCGCUUUUAGCUGGUGCUGUCGAAGAACAAAAGUCAGGUGAAGAUGUACCGGAGUGGACCUUGGAGCAACGGGAUAAAAAUGUGUGGGGGGCUUUAGCCAUUGUUCAGCUUUUCCUUGUGAGGGGUGGAAUGAGUACACCUACCAACCAGACGGCAUUUUGGCAACAUGGCAUUAUGCAACAUAUCCUCCGCAUUGCAUUUAGCGAAGAUUUCAAUGUGCCUAUCAAGGCUAAGGCACUAGCAACGUGCGCUGGUUUAAUCAGCGCCAACUCUGAAUUGCAAGAAAAAUUCGCCGACCUAGAUGUUGUCGUAGUUGUACAUCAUCCGGAAAAAGAAACUCCGAACGGGACCCCUGAAGAGCAUCAGCUUAAUGUCAUUGAAGCUCUUCUUAGGCUAACACUUUUGCAAGCCCCUGCUGAAUUAUUGGAUGCUCGACUCGCAGCUUGUGAGUGCCUUCGAGCAUUUACCGAAAACCAUCCAGGCAUCAGAUCGCAUUUCCUACGUAGGGCAAUAGAUGGGCAUACAAGUGGCGAAGAUCAAAUCCCCAACAUACUCACCAUUCUUGUGAACCCACCGGAGCACAGGGGAAAUGCUGAUCCCUAUCAAAUUUGGCUGGCGUCUGUUUUACUUUUUCAUUUAAUACAUGACGACCCAGAAACAAAAAGCCUGGCAAUGAAGGUCUCAGAAGGCGACGAGUCGAAAGGAGAAGAAGUAAUUACCUGUGUGCAGGCCAUAACAGGCAAUCUACUCACAGGGAUGCAACGAACCGAUGACAAAAGGAUAUCUGUCGGCUAUUUGAUGCUUCUCUGCGGUUGGCUCUUUGAAGACCCAGAUGUCGUCAAUGAUUUUCUUGGUGAGGGGAGUAGUAUUCAGAGCCUUAUUCAAGAGACCAAGCACUGCGUUUCGUCGAAAACACUACUUCCGGGACUCUGCGCUGUUUUGCUUGGAAUAAUAUAUGAAUUCUCGUCCAAAGAUUCCCCUAUCCCCAGAACUACUCUGCACCAGCUACUUAUAGGUCGGCUCGGGAGAGAGGUAUAUAUUGACAAGAUUACCAAGCUUCGGGAGAACCCGUUGGUUCGCGACUUCGAAGUAUUGCCCCAGUCAUCGCAAGGUCAUUACGAUGGUGGCUUCCCAAAGAUCUUCUUUGAUAAAGUCUUUAUAGACUUUCUAAAGGACAAUUUCAGCCGCCUCAUUCGAGCAAUCGAUCGUGAGCCGGGAUUUGAAGUCCCAGUAAUAGCAAAUGGUAUCCAAAAAGGCAUAUCCCGUGAGCUUGUGGAUUCUCUCCGAGCCCAAGUUGAAGAUAAAACCAAGACGAUCCAAACAAUGGAGACAGAUAUCGUAUCUCUUCAAAGAAAACUGGAACAAGAACAUCUUGACCAUCGAAAGACGAAAGAGUCUUACGAUGUCGAACUUAACCGGGUUAGACAUGAAAAUAAUAUCCUCCAGAAGACUCACACGGAGGAGCUGCAUAAGCUUGAAGAAAAUCAUGAGCGAACUAAAAUGGAGUUGAUUAAGCGGCAUGGCGAGGAGCUACGUGCUAUGGAAUCCCGACUGAAGGAGAUAUCAGCCGAAUAUGAGACACGAGCAACAAAAGUUCGGGAACGGAAUGAUGCAGAGAUUGCAGACCUUAAAGAGACCAUCCGGACCCUUGAAACGAACCUUGAAAAGGCGAACAAGGACCACAUCCAGGAUCUACAGACUGCGCACGAAGAAUAUUCCUCGAAACUAUCCUCGUUGGAAGGUCGCUGUAAGCGAGCAGAGGAACGGGAAGAAGACGAUCGCGAACGUGCCAAUAAACUUGAAGCCGACCUAGAAAAAGCCAGAGAUGACUUGAAAAGGUUCAAGGCCGAUUUUGAUGAGAGUGAAAACGCCCGAAGCACCGCCCAAAGCGAACUUGAGGAUUUGUUAAUUGUGUUUGCAGAUUUGGAGGCAAAGAGGAAUGAAGACAAGAAACGCCUUAAAGCCCUGGGUCAAGAAGUUUCCGACGUGGAAGACGACGAAGACGACGGAGACGAUGACGAUGACGAUGAAGACGAUGACAACGAUGGGGAAUCUUAG